AUGAGCACUGUGUCGUCCACUGUCGCUUCAGUCGCUUCACUUACCACCAACAUCGCCUUGUCGAGCGUUGGUCUGGCUGUCGCGCACCGGGAUACCAACGACAACGACACCAGCGACUGUGAGGAUAUCCCCGUUCGCACCCGCACCGGCAUGACUACUGCCACCUUCGCCGCGACGUACCAUCUCGACACCACCCUCCCGCACGCCCGCAACCCUCUGUCCACGCCUUUUGCCUACUCGCCCGCUCAGCCACGGCGUCUGGCCAGCGAAAACACUCACCAUGCCCGCUCACGCGCCGCCAGCACCACCAAGCUAGCGCAGAAGAGAUACAGCUUGACACCCUCGACUUCAGGCUUUGGCUCAGGCAUGGAACGGUCCCGGAGGGCUGACGAGCGCAAUGGCGAAGGCAGAGGGACACCAACACCGGCAGCAGCGUUUGACAGGCACAGCGGAGGCCUGACGCCAAACACCACCUGGUUGCGCCGCCUGUCUAGCAGUCUUUCCACCUCACGCGACUCCAGUCGGACGCCCUCGUCUCGCCCCGGCUCGGCUGCUGUCUCUUACACCAACGGAUCGUACGCCAUAUCGCAGUCAGGCUCGACCACCCCCAUAUGGCCAGACAACACCCAGCUCCAACUGCCCGCCCUGCCACCCAACAAGCUCGUCAAGCGCUCUUCCUCGUUGCAUAGCGCCAAUGGCUCCACUCCAGGAUCAGGCUCUCGGAUUCCCGUGUUUCGAAGACCUCUCACGAGUCAUCAACGUUCCACUCCGCUGAAGGACGGACUCUCUGGUUCUGACAGUAACAUUGAUUUCCCAAAUGCACCUGGCGCUCCACAGUCUCGCAAUGCUCAAUGGCGGCCAUACUUUACGCCUCGCAUCGCUCCGGAGCAAAUACAUCCGGCCAAGCGUCGUCGAUCUACGAGCAUUCCCAAUCCCGUACGGAGAGUCUACCCUGAUCGAAGGUACACUCCGACUCUUGUUUCGACGAAGGACGUGGUGCAUCGUGCCGACGUAGAGCUCGAUGACAGCCUCAGUGAGUAUGAGCUCGAUGCAAACCCCAAAAUGGCAGCAAGUUCGGCUUCUUCGCCAUUUCCUUCCCAAGUUGCCCAUUUCGAGGCAGCCGCGUCUCCACGAAGGUCUUUCUCGAUUGGUGACUUACUGUCUACCGGACCACACCCGUUGUGGAGACGUCCGUCUACUAGCAAAGGUCGUCCUUGGUCAUCGAAAUCUUUGCGCAAGUCCAGACCCAGAGUGGUUUCUGAACCUCAAGUGUCCAUGGGAAUCAAUGCCAGCAGAUUGACUGGACUUGAUGUCGAACGUCCAGCGAAGCGUCGAGGCCUUACAGAUCCAGCAACCUCGCGGCGCAGCGUCUACUCCUCAUCAAGCAGCAUCCCGCCCUACGAAAUUGACCUGAAUCUGGGCAUUGAAGACUCAGGCCUGGAUUACACCUAUGAUCAGUCGCGCAUUUCCGAACCACCGUCCCGGAGUGCAACGCCAGAUCACUAUCGGCUACCACUCCCAAUAGCUUCAGCCUCUGCAUCGAACACCACGCGAAUCUCUGGAGCUCAUUCAGAGGUCACGUCUACAGUUGGUUCUGAUAGCGAAUAUCGAUCCGCAGGUGACAACAGCACUGAUUAUCAAAGUGAAAGCUACUAUGAUUCAUUUCCCACUCGAACAACACGCAGCAGCUCUGGCCGUCGGGGGCCACACAUCGAGACCAUUUUCGACGAAUCCCCUCCGACCUUCUCGUCCGGACGGAGCACAAAGCUGAGGGACUUCCUUAGUGAUGGUCACGAGCAUAACGGACGCUACAGUACAAUCGAAGAAGAGGAGAGCGUUCUUACAACACCCGUGCGGUCGGUUCGCAAUAGAAGUGUGACAUCUACGCCAUCAGCGCGACAUGGCGUUUCGCACAACUUUACUUCCUCUCCACCGGUCCUAGGAAUUAUGCCGGAUCCGGAUGACAUUGACUGGGAUGCUGAAGAGGAUGAUGUGAAGGAUAAUCGUGGUCUGGGCAUCCAGCAACACUCCUCUGUGCCUUCCUUCAACAGCGCAACAUAUUCGUCUGGAGCUCCCUUCCGAUUUGGACCAGCCUUGCGGCCUGCCUACGCGCAGUCAGCCAACACCACGCCGCUACGCAAUGGGUACUCGUCGAUGGAGAAGGCGAGCUUAUUUGACUGGGCUGAACCCCAGCCUAGCCCGAGCCAUCCCAAUCGCUCCCCUCCGCGGCCUAGAACGGUGCAUGGAAAGAAGGAUCAGGAUAGCCGUGGGAGCCGGCCAGUCGGUCGACGGCCAGUCAGCGGGAUGCACGCUCGCAGCCAUAGUGUUCCCGUGGUGCCAGAUCUCGACGGGAAGCGCAAUAAUGUGGUUGCCAACAAAUUUGGCACCUGGGGCGUGGGCAGUAAAGGAGUCACUGAGGAUUGGAAUGAAGAUUUCGACUUUGACGAGCCACAAUUGAUGGUUCAACAUCUGGAGCAGGAUGAGAAGCGGAUUGACAGCGGCCACGAAAUGUUUGUGCCCAGGUCGAUCCGAGAGCAGCAGCAGAACGUGGUUGCUAACAUAGGACUGCUUCGAGAAUGGGGACUCUUAAUCGAAGAAUUGAAAGAGCUUCGCGUUCGAGCGGUUGCCCUGGAGAUGUUGUCCGGGCCUUACGCUCGCGCAUGGCAAGAAGUGGACGCCAUGAUCGAGCUCGCCGACCAGGAGACCGAAGAACAGACAUUGGAGCCACGACGUACACCGCCUUCUUCGCCUGGGUUCGACAUGAGUGCGUUCGAGGACGCCACUCCCAGCAAGGGCAGCGCGCGAUCUCGCCAGUCUUCGGUGCACCAACCUGGACAAGAUAAUUCGCUCGCCGGCUCACCUGCGGUGGCGAGGACGAACUUGGGAACUCAAAGCACACCAGCAGUCACAAGGCCGCGCAAAGACUCAGAGCUGGUGGCGCAGAGCGUGAUUGCUGCGCUGCAGACGAAACGCAGCGCGACAGACCCAGCAGCAGCGCAGUCCGCUUACCUGACCAACCGAAAAGUUCCGUUUGAUACUGCGACGCUCCGACACAUUGUCCCAUAUGUCAACAGUCUCAAGCGGAAAGUAAAAGAUGCCUUGCGGGAGACUGAAGGUCUUUCAAGUCCACAUCGCAAACGACCUCAUCCUCCUCCUGCAGAGGGCAGUCCCCACGGCAAUGAACCGGCGUUCCGCAGCAUCUUCAACUCCCCACAAGACGAUGAUGUAACGACUCUACGACAGUCACGACGCGAGCAGGCAGCGACCGAUAAUGAUGAAUCCGACUCGUCGCUCGCCCAGUCCGAUGGCCUGGCUAAUAGAAUGCAGCGGAUGACAUUUACUUGAUCACAUGCAGUUUGUGCCUUUUUUUGACGAUCGAACGAACAGGCGUGUUGCCUUUCUUUAUAAUGCGCAUCGACUUCAUGUGCCUGGACCAGAUAGGUCCAUUUUCUACAGCAUACACAGAUGGAGUUACAGCACCCAUUUUGGCGGGGACCAAAAGCGAGGGCGGAUAUCUGGCCGCGACGCUCGCAAGGGCAAAGGCGUUUAGCACAGCAUAUGUACAACAGGGCGCGUUUGGCUGUCUUGUUCUCGACCGGUCACAGAUUGUGCGCCAUGGCGAAAGCACUGCACAUUGCGUGAUGCUUUGGAAGCAUGCUCUUUUUCUCGACUGUUCAAUAGAUGCUCUAGCAUAGCGGUGGAGGGCCUUUCUGGUAGCUCUAGCAUAUUGGUAUAGAAAAGAGCGGCUGCGACGAGGGCAGCACGGAGACUGCCUCUAG